UAUUAUUUCUAUGAAUUCCACCAUUGUGAACUUUUCCAGCAAUUGUGAAUUAAUUAGAGAUAAAGAAGAAUCAUUAAACAAGAGAAAAUGUCAACUCUAAGAAUGAAAGAGGCAGCCCUUAUCUAUCUUGACAAAAGUAGAAGUCUCCAAAAAUUUAUAGAUGAUUGCAAGUACUAUAAUGAUUCAAAACAAAGCUAUGCUGUCUAUCGAUUCAGCAUUUUAAUAAACCCCUCUGAUGUUGUUGAACUAGAUGCUGAACUUGGAAAUCACAUUUUACAUCAACCUUUAAAAGCUACUCAGGUUUUCCAGUCAGUCUGUUUUAUUGCUGUUAAAACUCUCUCUUUAAUUGGACAAUUACAAACUGAAACUCAAAUUAAUAUAGUGCUGAAGUUAACACACUUACCUUCUCUGCCAAGUUAUAGUCUUGACCUUUGUGAGUUUCCACUUGAUUAUACAUCUCAGAGAUUUUAUAUGAUGCAAGGAAUUGUGACUGCAGUGACGACUGUAACCAAGUACACUCAAGGUGCAAGAUUUCUUUGUUCAGAUGACACAUGUCCUCUUUCAAGAGGAUUUCAGUAUAUAAGAGUGCAUGUGCCUGGUGCUACGGAGUCUGCCACAGUGAGAAAUGACUUUGUGUGUAAUCUAUGUGCAUCUUCACUUCAGGAAGACAGAAAGUUUAGAGUACUUGGUGAUAAACAGAUAGUUGAAAUAAUAACCACAAAGGCACUUCAUGCUUUUCAAGGACAUUCUAACAACCAACCAUUUAGGUUUCAAUCGCUUACCAUUUUCCUAAGAGAUGAAUUAGUAAAUAAAAUGAAUAUAGGAAAUGAAUACAAAAUCAUUGGAAUUCCAACCUGUGUGAAAACUUCACAAACUUCUGUCUGUAUAGAGGCAAAUAGUAUCACUCUUUGCAGUCCAAAAGUUCCUUCAGGAAUUAGCGACAAUUUUAGGUGUCUCCUCUCUUUAACUUCCAGUUCAUGCUGGAAAUUUACUGCUAUCCUUGCCAAUAUUUUUGCUUCACAUAUCGUGCCUCCUGGGACUUACAAUUUGCUCAAGCUCUGUUUGCUGAUGAGUCUAGUGCAAACAAGUGACUGUGAUAAGGAACUGGGAAACUGCCUGGAUAUUUUAAUUAUAACAAGUGAUAAUCUGCUUGUAGACAGGCUUUUGAAUUUUAGUAUAAACCUUGUGCCUCGUGGUAUACGUCAUUUGGUCUCUACAGAAAUUUUUCCUACUCUAUCCAGGAAUAAAUAUGGAACUGGAGCAGGUAGCAUUCAAGCUGGUAGUGCUUUGCUAGCUAAAGGUGGUAUCUGCUUUAUAGGAGACUUAGCUUCACACAAAAAAGAUAAACUUGAACAGCUUCAAUCAGUUGUGGAAAGCAGAAGUAUCACAGUAUACAUCCCAGGAAAGAAGUUCGGGGAUGAUAUUGAUCAGCAAAUGACUUUUCCACUUCAGUGCAGUUUUUGGUCCUUUGUUGAUAUGGAUUCAGCUCCAAGAAGAAAUACACAUAAAGCCAACACUCUAAUUGGUCAGAUGGAUUGUAGCUUGAUUCCAGCUAAUCUCAUUGAGACAUUUGGAUUAUUGAUUAACUGCAAUGAGUCGUCUCCUUGUUGUCCACUUCUUCCAAUUGUGCAGCAUACUUUAAAGAAAGCUGUUUAUCCUGAAGGACUACUUUAUGUAGCUUCUCAACAAUUUACAAGUGAAGAUUUUGAAAAGCUGCUGGCUUUUGCAAGGAAUUUGAAUGUAGAGUUCAGCACGGAGGCUGAAAAAAUGAUUCAUGGCUAUUAUCUAGCAAGUCGCAGAAUCAGAACAGAUUCUCUAUGUGGAUCAAAAUUGUCAGCAUCUGCAUUAAAACAUUUAGUUUCCCUGUCUGAAGCCCAUGCACGACUGAAUUUAAGGAAUAAAGUGCUUAAAGAAGAUGUACUAAUUGCAGCCUUAUUAUAUGAGAUAUCUCUCACAUUGAAAUAUGGGGCCACGGUAUUUUGUGUUGCUCCAAACGCGGUAUUCCCAUUUGAACAAUAUAGUGAAGAAUUUUUAGAGCAAAGGGAUAUCUAUCUGACUCAGUGCCAACAACAACUCCAACAGUUUAUUGCUUCGUAUGGACCUGGGACAGCUAUCUUUGCUAGUGAUGAGUAAACAAUUUAAGGACAAUUUU